UGUUUAUAUAAAAUAAUGGUAAUGAAAAAUACAAAAAAAUUGCAACCUUCUAAUGAUUCAAAUGCAUUCAGGUUAUUAUAAGCUUGUAUUAGUUAUUAGAACUGAUUUAAAAAUGGGAAAGGGAAAAGUUGCAGCACAGUGUGCUCAUGCUGCUGUUGCAGCCUAUAAGGCAGCUAUAAAAAGAUGUCCUAUACCUUUGACUGGUUGGGAAUAUAAUGGACAGCCCAAAAUUACUCUUAAGGUGGAUAGUGAAGAUGCUUUGAAAGAAAUAGCGGCACAGGCUAGAGAUAUGGGUCUUUUAACUAAUAUAAUAGAGGAUGCUGGACAUACACAAAUAAAAGCAGGAAGCAAAACGGUAUGUGCAAUUGGUCCAGGCCCAGCUGAGCUAAUAGAUCAAGUAACUGGACAUUUAAAGUUGUUUUAAUAAUGUGUUCAAUAAAGGAUCACUCAGUAUGACAA